AUGGAGAUUGGAGGGCCUAUGGCUGCUCUAUAUCUUUUGGGAAAUCCUGAUCAUUAUACUAGUCACAAAUUUGUAGUGGUCUACUGGAAAAACUUUGUGAGGGAAGCUCUAAAGCCCUUCAGAUCAGAAGAAGACUUGGAAGAGGAGUUACCUGAAAAACUUGUGCUUCAAAAAGGCAAAGGUGAAUAUGUGGGCUUUUCAUCAGUUCAUGAUUACAUCUAUAGACCAAAAAUAUUUAAAGAUAAGACUCUGUAUGAAUGGGUUCAAAUGUCUACCAGAUGCAAAGUAGCCAAUAGCUCCCAAGACCAUGAUGAAAUUACAGAUUCAGAUGAUGAACUUGACUUGUUAGAAAAAAUUGAGCAAGUCAGUACUGAUGUACUACCACAACUUGUUGAUGAUUAUGAUACUGAUGGAGAUGAGCUCAAUAUAAAUAAACACUCAACCAGUAUUGAAGCUGAUGAUAGUGAUGAUGAACUUUUCAGUCCGGUUUUUUGCCCUGAAAACGCGCAACCGUGGACCGCAACCAGUCCAGGACCGACCCAGAUAUUGAGGGAACUGAACCGAACCACCUAG